GUUGACCUCAAUUUGGUCUCUUAUUAGGAGAUUUUCUGGUUACUUUUCAAGGUUCAAUUUAGGCUGGUCGGUUGUUAAAGCAGAACUGGGUUUUCGUUGUUCUUUGAGUUUCAGUUUUGGUAAAGGGUUUGCUCGGAGUUCUGCUGCUUCUUUUUUUUUUUUACAGUGAGGAAAUGGCUUGCAUGAAACUUGGAUCCAAAACUGAUGCAUUUAAAAGGCAAGGGCAGGCUUGGUUCUGCACAACUGGACUUCCUAGUGAUAUUGUUGUUGAAGUUGGAGAAAUGUCCUUUCAUCUUCACAAGUUCCCUUUACUCUCUAGAAGUGGUGUUAUGGAAAGAUUAAUUGCAGAAGCAUCUGAAGAAGAUGAACAAAAGUGCUCCAUUUGCCUCCCUGACAUUCCUGGAGGGGCCAAAAUUUUUGAACUUGUGGCCAAGUUCUGCUACGGUGUGAAAUUUGAGCUCACAUCCUCGAAUGUUGUCUACCUCAGAUGCGCUGCUGAGCGUUUGGAAAUGACCGAGGAAUACGGGGAAGGCAAUCUUAUUACCAAGACCGAAACCUUUCUUAAUCAAGUAGUCCUCCGAAAUUGGAAAGACACUUUGAGAGCACUUCAAACUUGUGAUGAUAUCAUCGAUUAUGCUGAUGAACUGAACAUUACGAAAAGGUGUACUGAAUCAUUGGCCAUGAAGGUAACUACUGACUCCAACCUUUUUGGAUGGCCCAUAAUGGAACAUGGUGGCCCUAUGCAGAGUCCUGGAGGAAGUGUGCUGUGGAAUGGGAUUAGUACAGGGGUUAGACUGAAAAAUAUGAGUUCAGAUUGGUGGUAUGAGGAUGCAUCGACUUUAAGUUUCCCUCUCUAUAAGAGAUUGACUGCUGCCCUGGAGUCUCGUGGUAUCAGACAUGAAGUAAUCGCUGGCUCUCUUGCUUUUUAUGCAAAAAAGUAUCUACCUGGUUUGAAAAAGCGUCAGGGUGCUACCCGUACUAAUUCGAGUGCUCGUCUCACACCUGUGGCCUUAGAGGCUCCUCCAUCCGAAGAAGAUCAGAGGGGUUUGCUGGAGGAUAUUGAUAGGUUGCUUCCUAUUCAGAAGGGCCUUGUCCCAACAAAGUUGCUCUUUGGAUUGCUUCGAACAGCCAUGAUUCUUCGAGCUAGCUCCUCCUGUAUAUCUAACAUUGAGAAAAGGAUUGGAAUGCAGCUUGAUCAAGCAACUCUGGAAGAUCUCCUGAUGCCUAACUUCUCUCAUUCUUCGGAAACACUAUAUGAUGUUGACUGUGUGCAUCGAAUUCUUGAACAUUUUCUUUCCACGGACCAGAUUACUGGUGGAGCCUCUCCAUCUUCAGUUGAUGAUGGUCAGAUUACCGGCUCGCCUUCAUUAACACCUGUUACAAUGGUAGCCAAGCUAAUCGAUGGGUACCUUGCUGAGGUUGUCCCCGAUGUUAAUUUGAAGCUCCCCAAGUUUCAAGCUCUUGCUGCUUCUCUUCCCGACUGUGCUAGGCCCUUGCAUGAUGGUCUGUACCGUGCAGUAGACAUUUAUCUCAAGUCGCACCCAUGGUUAUCAGAACCCGAGCGAGAACAACUAUGCCGGCUGAUGGACUGCCAGAAGCUCUCCUUGGAAGCAUGCACGCAUGCUGCACAGAAUGAGAGACUGCCACUAAGAGUAGUUGUACAAAUCUUGUUCUUUGAGCAGCUUCAGCUUAGGACAUCAAUAGCCAGUUGCUUUUUGGUUUCUGAUAAUCUUGAUGGAUCACGACAGCUGAGAAGCGGGUUCGCAGGGCCUACUGAAGGAGGGUGGACUGCAACUGCAAGGGAAAACCAGGUUUUGAAGGAAGGCAUGGAUCACAUGAGAACACGGGUUUCUGAGCUCGAGAAGGAAUGCUCGAACAUGAAGCAAGAAAUCAAAAAGAUAAGUCGGGUAAAGGGUUUCACUUGGGGAAAUGUCUCAAAGAAAUUCGGAUUCAAAUUGAAGUCUCACAUCUGCAGUGCUCAGGAGGGUUCCAUUAGCAACCAGAAAUCAAAAAGUGGAAAGAUGGAGAAAGUAAAGGACGAGCAAAGAAAGCAAAAGAAAAACUCAACUCCAUGAUCCAGAUAGGAAAAACUACUUAUUUUCUCCUCACGGUAACACCCAUUUGUCUCACUGUUUGUUGCUUGGUACUUUAAGCUUGCUAAAGUAGCUUCCCACAUUUGAUCUCACAGUAUGUAUAUGAUUGAAGGAAGUGUAAAUUAAUUUGUUUCAUGUGAUAAUCCUCUAAC